UUUCUGGAAUUAAAAUUAAAAAAUUAUCACUUAUGAAUUUGUUAAUUUUCUUAUUAAUUUUUAUUACUUUUCUUACCGAAGCUAAACGAGAAAAUUGCUCAUUGCCUAGCAAUGGAUCUGAUAAUUCGCCAAUUGCAUGCACAGAAAGUGGCAUAGUUAGAGGAGCUAAAGGAAAUAGCUUUCCAAAUGUUGUAUUUUUUAAAGGCAUUCCAUAUGCAGCUCCACCCGUAGGUGAUCGACGAUGGAAAGAGCCAAUAUCUGCUGAAAACUGGGAUGGGAUUAAAAAUGCAACUAAUUGGGGACAAUUAUGUACUCAGACUGUUAAUCAAGAUAGUACAAAAGUUAUUGGAUCAGAAGAUUGUCUCUUCUUGAAUAUUUUUACAACACCUGAUUCAAUUGGAAAAAAGGCAAAUCCAAAACCUGUAUAUAUUUGGAUACAUGGCGGAGCGUUAUCAUAUGGUUCAUCCUCAGCAGGUGCCUGGGAUGGUGAAGCUAUGGCGAGUAAAGGGAUUAUAUUUGUAUCAAUCAACUACCGUCUUGGGCUUCUCGGUUUUUUUACACAUCCAGCAUUGCGGGAAGAAGAUCCAAAGCUUCACGGAAAUUACGGGCUUCUAGACCAAAUAUUUGCUAUAAAAUGGGUAAAAAACAAUAUUGCCAAUUUUGGAGGAGAUCCAGAACGAAUUACUGUUGGAGGACAAUCUGCCGGUGCAAUUUCGUCACUUUUACUUGCAUUCUCUCCUUUGGCGUCAAAUCUAUUCAAAGCGGUCAUUUCCGAAAGUAGUGGUGCUUUUUAUCCCGAUGAUCCGAUAAAUUGGUGGAUGACCCCCUAUACAGUACAGGAAGCUGAAAAUGUCAGCCUGAGUCACCUUGAAUCAGUAAAUGUAAAAAGAGAUAUAACUGUAGAUAAACUGCGUGAUGUGAAAGUCGAGCAACUUUAUCAACAAACAUGGAAACUACGACGGUGGCGUCAAAUACUCGAUGGAUAUGUAAUUCCUCUGUCAUUUAAAAAGAUAAUGAAUGAAGGAUUACAAAACAAAGUUCAUGUUCUUAUGGGCUUCAAUUAUGACGAAUUCGGGGCGUCCCCCUCAAAUAAUGUUACCUUAGAACAAUAUAAACGGUCUGCAGUUAAUAAUUAUAAAAGUCUUGCAAAUGAGUUUAUGGAAUUAUACCCAGCAAAUGACGAUUCAUCUGCAAGUAAGAAUAAUAUGUAG